GGAACUAAUAAACCCUGAUUAUGUAAAGCUGCAAACCCCGCCCUUCCCUUCUUCUGCUCCCCUUCGCUUGAUCAGAAGCACCAAUAAAAAAAUUGGGGCUGAUUUUUACACUUAAUUUAAGCAAAAAUGGCUACUCCGCAACUAAACGUUAACGAGUCCCCCUCCUGGGGAUCAAGAAGUGUCGACUGUUUCGAGAAAUUAGAGCAGAUUGGUGAAGGCACUUAUGGUCAAGUUUAUAUGGCUAGAGAAAAACUUACGGGCGAAAUUGUUGCGUUGAAGAAAAUUAGAAUGGACAAUGAAAGAGAGGGGUUUCCUAUAACAGCAAUCCGUGAAAUCAAAAUUCUUAAAAAGCUACAUCAUGAGAAUGUGAUUAAGUUGAAAGAGAUUGUGACGUCUUCGGGAUCUGAGAAGGAUGAACAGGGGAAGCCAGAUGAUAACAAGUAUAAUGGUGGAAUAUACAUGGUUUUUGAGUACAUGGACCAUGAUUUGACUGGCCUUGCAGACCGUCCUGGGAUGAGAUUUUCAGUUCCUCAGAUUAAGUGCUAUAUGAGGCAGCUUUUAACUGGACUUCACUAUUGUCAUGUAAACCAAGUCCUUCAUCGUGAUAUUAAAGGCUCUAAUCUUCUUAUAGACAAUGAGGGCAAUCUAAAGCUGGCAGAUUUUGGGCUUGCCCGAUCAUUUUCAAGUGAGCACAAUGCAAAUCUUACAAAUCGUGUUAUAACUUUAUGGUACAGACCGCCUGAGUUGCUGCUUGGGGCGACAAAAUAUGGUCCAGCUGUUGACAUGUGGUCUGUUGGCUGUAUUUUUGCUGAACUUUUGUAUGGCAAACCAAUUUUUCCUGCAAAAGAUGAGGCAAAACAAUUAAAUAAGAUUUUUGAGUUGUGUGGAGCACCAGAUGAGGUUAUCUGGCCAGGGGUUACUAAAAUUCCCUGGUAUAACAAUUUUAAGCCAACUAGGCCAAUGAAGAGACGUAUCAGAGAGGUUUUCAGACAUUUUGACCGUCAUGCUUUGGAGUUAUUGGAGAAAAUGCUAACUCUUGAUCCAGCUCAGAGAAUAGCUGCCAAGGAUGCACUUGAUGCUGAGUACUUCUGGACUGAUCCAUUGCCCUGUGACCCCAAGAGUAUACCCAAAUAUGAAUCAUCGCAUGAAUUUCAAACAAAGAAAAAGAGGCAGCAGCAACGGCAGCUUGAAGAAAAUGCAAAACGUCAGAAGUUGCAACAUCCACAGCAGCAUGGCCGUCUUCCACCGAUUCAGCAGUCCGGACAGCCACAUUUGCAAAUGAGGUCUGGCCCUAAUCAGCCCAAUCAUAAUUCUCAGCCUCCAGUUGCUGUAGGGCCUAGUACUCACCAUUAUGGGAAACCUCGUGGACCUGCUGGUAGAUACCCCGCAAGUGGAGGAUACAACCAGCCGAAUCGUGGAGGCCAAGGUGGAGGCUUUGGAAGUGGGCCUUAUCCACCGCAGGGGCGAGUACCACCUUAUGGUUCAACUGGCAUGCCUGGUGCUCCUCGUGGUGGAGUUGGUGCUCCAAUUCAUCCUCAAGGUGCUCCGUAUGGCAGUGCAGGCGCUGGUCGUGGCUCGAACAUGAUGGGUGGAAACCGCAACCAGCAGUACAGUUGGCAACAGUAGUGCCAUUUCUUUACUAAAAUGUAGUAUAAGCAGUUCACAGUUGAAGGCCUUCAAUGAGAUUCUGAGAUAUGUAAACAAAUUGGCUACAUUUUUUCUGAAUUGCUGUGCGCAAUUGCUAGAGAUGCACUGUUUCAAUCAGAGCUGUGCAUUGGUUCUGUUGUCAGUUUGGUUGAUGAAUGGUUGAAAUUAAAUUAAUCAAAAUUAGAACCAAAUUCGUUUAUUUUUAA